GCCUCUCGCAACAACAACAACAUCGUCUGCAGUUUUCUCUUCGGCUUCCCUCUCUUAUAACAGGCUUUUUCACCGCCAUUAACGCAAGAAUUGCCCCGAAUUCGUCCAUUAUGUACAGGGCUCGUCACCCUGAUGCUCGCGGGGCACGAGGGGUUGGUGGUCACCCUAUGCAGUAUGUUAGACGUCCUGUGAGAGAACAAGUUCGAGAGUCCAUCCCAGCAGUAGUCAUUGGGGUCAUCCUUAUUUUGGUCGGCAGUGGUGUUCUCUUCUGGAAUGAGGGGCGUGCAGUACAAACAUCUCGUAGUUUGGACGAGGGAUAUAAUGCUGUCAUAAAAGUACAGAAUUCUACCAAACUAUAUGAAGAAAAUAACCAUAAGCUUGUUUAUGUGUGGGGUCCUCUGUCAGUCUCGCCCCCCCUUGCAGACGACUACUACGGUGUUGAAAUUAGUGCCGUCAGGUUGAAGAGAAGGGUGCAGAUGUACCAGUGGAUUGAGGAAGAAUCGUCAAUUCGAUCGGAGGAUUCGCCUGACAUGCCUGCCGAUACCUCAUAUUCAUAUUCCUUUGCCUGGCGAGAUAAAGUUGUCGAUAGCUCUUCAUUCAACAUCCCAUGGGGUCAUGAGAAUCCAACGUCGAUCCCAGUACCAGCUGUGGUGCAAGUUGCAGAGACAGCCAAAGUUGGUAUUUACCACCUGAGUCCUGCAGGCAAGGAUAAGUUUACAGAGUUCAUACCUUUCUCUGGUGAUGAACAGCCUGAAGGAGACGAUAUCAAACUGCAUGGAGGAAUGUACUAUAUCACCCGAGACAUAUUUAACCCUGACAUUGGAGAUUUAAGGGUCCAGUUUUACUAUGCUUGUCGGGCUGGUGAAAUGGUGAGUGUUGUGGGCCAGCAGAUAGGUGAGACUCUCCAUCCUUACCUCACAAGCAAUGGGAAUGAGCUACUGAUUGUUCGCACAGGGAAACACACCGUGGAGGAGAUGUUCUCCUCUGAGCAUGCCCAGAACCGCUUCCUGACUUGGAAUUUGCGGUUGGCUGGGUGGUUCUUGAUGUUCAUCGGACUGACCUGCGUCUCAAAUAUUGUCCAUUCUCUUAUAAUAUGCUCGCCUCUUCUGAGAGACGUGGUAGCACUGGGUCUGGGAUCUGCCAACCUGACUCUGAGUAUGUCCACCUCCCUCGUGAUCAUCGGAGGGGCUUGGUGCAUCUAUCGCCCAGGCUUGGCUCUACUCAUCCUCGUGGUGGCUGCGCUUCCUUUCAUCCGUGCUGCCGUCAAACAUCAGUCAACCGUUGGGCAUUCAAGGAGGCCCAAUGGAUACAGGCGAAGCUCAGCAGACUGAAAAGUUGCAGUUUCCAAAGUGGUUUCAGAUGUGUGAUGUUUUUUAUUUGUUUGUUUUUGUUUGUUGAUGUCAGAAUUUAGUCUGUAUUAAAAGUGCCAAAGAUUUUAACUCUAUGAGUAAGACUGUACCCUCAUUGAUUAAAAGAUUUUUAAUGUUGUGCUGGUAUGAAUGUUUUUUUUUACUUAGGUCAUCAGUGUUAAAUGAAAGACUUUAUGAAAUUAAUAGGCAUAAAGGACCUCAGUGGAGUCUAAAGUACUUAAUUUAUUUUGUAGUUUUACAUAUUUGUGAUAAUCAUAGGGAAGUGGUUGGAAUCCCAAUAACCUAAUGUUUUCCACAGUUUUAUACCGUACAUGUUCAAAGGUAGAAUUUUUCUAUGGUGUUGUAAACUAAAAAAUAAUCAUCCCACAUUAGGUUGCAGUUUGUGGAAAUUUAUUUCAAAUCAAAUAGAUAUAGGUUUUGUGUGUGUUAUGAGCACAGUUUUUAUGCUCAAGUUUUACAUUUUCCUGAUGUAUUUUUGUCUUCUUUGUAUUUACAUAUUAGGUAUAUAGAUAUAAUAUAUUUCAAUUUUCUUCAUAUAGAUUUGGUAAGGCUAAGGAACCAAGUGUAGCUGCAAUAUAAAUGUUUCUUUUAAUUGGUAAUUGUUCCUUGUAUGUGUAUGUGUAUAUUGUAUAGUAUUAUUUCAAUCAUGAUCUUCACUCAUGAUUCAGAAGCAAUGUUUGUAAUUAGUCAAUAAUGUGGACCAAGUUUGUCUGUAGUAUUUACAUGAAUAUUAGUGUAAAUAUUUAAAGAGACAAGUAGAUUAGUUCAUCAUUAUUUAGUAUCAUUUAUCUAGAUAAUAUCUACCAAUUUUAGUCUAGAAAUUAGUUCUUAGUUAAACCAUUAAUGUCAGGUGGGCAUGUAGACAUAUCCUUCCUGCUAAUUUCAUUAAUUUUGUUUACAUGUAGAUGGCUUUGCAAGUGCAUAACCCCAAAGGAAUUAGUUAUUAAGAGUAUUUGAUCUCACCUUCCUUGAAUUUUUAGAAGGAAAAAUUAUGAUAUUUGAGCAGUAUUGGUAUAUUCAAGAAGGUUCUAAAAGUAAUAAUAACAAUGAUUUGCUAUUAGAAAUCAAACUUUUCCUUAAAAAUUAUUGGAAUGUGGUGAACAUAUAAGGUCAGGGUAGGCCUAUUAAUUGACUUCAUUGUGAUGAAGUGUUUGUAAAGCUAUUUGUGUGUAACCAAAAUUGACAAAAAACUGUAGUGGAGAAUGGGUCAAAUUUAGUAUUACUCCUUUUAAAUACUACAGUACCAAUUGUUACUUAAAAGAUCUUUGAUAAUGUUUUAUCUUCAUGUGAUUUCUCCUUAUGUAUAUUGUUGUCAUUUGUAAAAUCAUUAGGGAAGUAAGUUUUCCAAAUUAUUAUAUUAUUCUCAUAGAAAGAAAAAUGAAGUAAAAAAUAUUCUCAUGGUUACUGGAUAAUAUACAAUCAUUCCUUGGUAUUUGCAAGUGAAGAGUCUUUCCAGUUGCAGUUUCCAGGGUUUUUGUGUGUGUGUGUGUGUGUGUGUGUGUGUGUGUGUGUGUGUGUGUGUGUGUGUGUGUGUGUGUGUGUGUGUGUGUGUGUGUGUGUGUGUGUGUGUGUGUGUGUGUGUGUUCUUUUAUUAAAAAAUGUGUUUGUAAUUACUCAACACCUUGAUGUUGUCUCUCUCUUUUGCAGAGUGAUAUUACAGUAUAGUCUGUGUUUUAAGAAACAGAUUUUUUAACUAUAUUUUUGAUGUUUGUGAUUAACAUGUGGUUGUGAAGCUCUUUUACAUAACAGAAGAAAGAGUAUUUUGCUUUCUAAUUUUCAUAUAUAUAUAUGUUCCAAGUUAAACUUAUAAGGAGUAACUAGUGAAUCUCCACACUUUUAUGAUGUACAGAUUUUGUCUAUUCCGAAUGCUAUGUUAGAUUUUGUAAAUCAUGGAGGAUUGAGACUUGUAAAUACUUAGUCUAUGUAUUGCUGUUUAUAUGAUGACAAUUUUCGAUAUGUGCCAGAAGAGAGGAAAGUAAGAAGGCAAAAAGAUAUGUAAAAAUGCUAGUCAGAUAAACAGGUGCUCAUUUUGUAUGGAGAUAGUAUGGGAAAUUGGCACUGGUAUCCCCAAUUAAACAAGAUUAAAAUGUUAUUUGUCAUGUUUAAUCAUACAUUAAUUUAUUCUUAUUAAGUGAGAAUACAAAUAUAGUAUCACAUACAAAGGUGAAUUGAAGCACAGCACAGUAAUAAGGAGAGUGAUGAACCAAAUGAGUUUUUCUCUCCUUUAUCAUUGUGGCUGUGUUUUGUCUCAGUCAGUAGAUUCUGCUGAUGUUUUUAUUGAAUUCUGUAAAUACUAAGAAAUUUAGUCUUACUGGUCAAAAUAUAUAAUUAUGUAAGGCAAUGAAUAUGGGUUAAGAAAAUUUGUUAUGGUUGUGAAAGCAGUACAUGAAACUUGUUUAAUGGUUUAUAACAACAUACAUUAUAAGUACAUAUUUGCAUAUAAGUAUGUCAAGACACACACACACACACAUACACACUCACACUCACUCUCACUCUCACUCUCACUCUCACUCUCUCUCUCACUCUCUCUCUCUCUCUCUCUCUC